AUGGCGAUUGACUGCUCCCAAAAGUCCGUCUCUAAAGGUCGCAGCGAACUGCUCCUCCAAAGUCUUUUCGCUCCCAGCAUCCCUGAUGUGGACACAGACACGGAAUCGAUUUCAACAGGAAUUUGGGAUACGUCCCAGUUUCGACGUUGUCUACCUUUGAUCGGUCGAGCGGACCCUGUGCUCACACCCGGCUCGAAUAUGAGUGGGAGUAGCAGCCCCGGACUGAUGACUGGGCCUUCGGUCGGAACCACGACGUUCAGUUUCGCUCCUGGUGGAAUCUACCAGACCCCUACGAUCACAGCAGAGUUCCAUUUUAUGGAAAAAGCAAAUGAAGAAGUCCUGGCGGCAAGGCUACGUGCAUCCGGACAUCAUCCUACCGCAAUAAGUCGAACCAGCUCGUCACGGACUGGUCCACAGUCGGUCAGUGCGCAAGACAGUCCUAUUCUUGGCUGUUCUUCCGUUCCUGCCCCCAAUAUUUCUCACUUCAGCUCGUUGUCCCAUUCCACUUCAUUAGAGUUCGGCACACCUUCAAAGUUUACCCCGUCGCUGAAGACCACCGAGGCGAUUACGGAGACCGAAGGGAUUGAAGAGGCAUCUGAGUCGAAGGACGCGAAUCCUUCACAGACAGCCACACUUACAAGGGGGUCUACCACCGUCUCAAAGUAUUCGCCUUUGCCUGAUGUCAAGGCAAGCACCAGUGGCGGUGGUUCCCCGACCGUACGUACUGCACAGUUAUUUUCUCCCGUCCCUCUGCGACGUGCUCAAUUAGACCAGCUUGUUCAGCAAGACAUUCCCCCCUCCCCGACGUCGUUGCAUGCGAGACAGAAAGCAAUAGAUAAGGUUGUCGUUGCUGGCGAAUGCUUCACCGCCACUGGUGCAGUCAGUUCAGAACCUCCUCGAAGUCCUAACCGUUUCGAGGCGGUUACCGGGCAGCAGAUGUUCCCGUCGGACGCAGCAAGCAGCGUGGAGUCGAGCACUCCAUCGGGUGCUGUCGAAGGCCUCCAAAGGACAGACAGUCUUCUGAAGCGUUCCAAUAUUCUGGGUGCUGAUGAGUCCAAAAGUCCUGCCCAACGCAUUCUUCUCCCAUUUCCGGAUUCAGACUUCGAUUUCACCAAAGAUGAUUCGACCUUGCUGGCUGGGAGUUCUGGCACUCCUUCACGAAGUCAGUCACUUGCGAGCCGGCUGAGAACUUCACGUCUUCUUGGCUCCGGAGCCCUGCUGCGACCCGGAAAGCGAAAUACCGAAGAGUCCCACGGAAGCAGUACAAACUCGUUGGCACUUUUGGGACCCUCUCGCCAGUUGGCCAGUGUUGUAGCCGGACUAAGCAGUCUCCCAUCGGAAUCUGGCACAUCACCGAUCAGCGCGGCGGCUCUUGCUUCGGCUAUGGCAGUAGCUGGUGCUACUGGAAGCUGGCAACCUGGAACUCAAGAGUGCUUGGGAUUAGAUCCCACCUCACCCUUAUCACCGCGACAACCCAAGUCUUCCGACGCGGAGAAUAAGACGGCUAGUUUAUCCGGUUCACAUGAUCCUCCGCUACGCUAUGCGCCCCCAGCCGCUUGUGUGGCUGCAGGAGCAGAGAAGCUGCUAUUUUUGGAAAGUACCGAUUUGGAAGACUUGGAUGCCUUAUCCACCGAGGGCUAUUACCGCAUUGUCCAGGAUUCAGACCCGAAUGGCGGUUCGACACAACAACAACAACAGCACAAAUAAUAAUUGCCGCUAAACUGUUUCUUUUUUCUGUUUCAAGCGAACCAGGGGAGUUGCUAUUGCUCUAAAUUAUCCUUGUCGUUUCGGUCAUCGCUCUGUUGGGUUGUGUGUACAAUAUGAUUGCUGGACAGCGAGAUUGUUUCGUCCACCCUAACCCACAUGUAAUCAUUGACUUCCCUGGGGUGUAUAGACUGCCGCCGCCGCUGCUGUUGCCCCUGCUUUACCGCCGUCGCCUUCUCGCUUUUUUAUUCCUUGUCUCUGUUGUGUAGGUACUCAAAGGCUGUCAAAUGUCCCACUCCCCAGGUCCGCAUGUUUCAGACGAACGUUGCGCAGCUCCCCAAUGUGUAUGUACUCUUCGUUCAUCCCUGACACUCCUUCCUUGGGAGCCGAAUCCCAACAGCCUCCAAUUCCCAUUUUUGAGUGUCCGCCCCCCCCCACGCCUGCCAGAUUUCAUAAGCCUGCAUGGUUCUAAUUUUCGGCCCGAAACCUCUUUCGUCCCGGACACUGUGAGACGCCUUUGUUUCUUUCGAUUCG